CCACGACGUCGGCGACUCCUCCAAAAUUAUCAGCGGCCUAAUGCUCCCCAGAACUGUACGAGGCUCACUGGGGCGAGCUCUCCGUGGCGCAGCGCGCCCGCAGCGACCGCUGCGCUCGUUCGCGACAGCACACAACCUUGGCCCCUUCACCGAGGUCUCGACACUGCCCAAUGGGUUGACGGUCGCCACUGAGGCGCACCCGUCCGCGCAGACGGCGACCGUUGGCGUCUGGAUCGACGCCGGCUCGCGGGCGGAGACGGAUGCGACGAGCGGCACCGCGCACUUCCUCGAACACAUGGCGUUCAAGGGUACCGGACGGCGGAGCCAGCACGCGCUCGAGCUCGAAGUGGAGAACCUCGGCGCGCACCUGAACGCGUACACGUCGCGCGAGCAGACGGUGUACUACGCCAAGUCGUUCCGCAAGGAUGUGCCCGCGGCGGUCGACAUCAUCAGCGACAUCCUCCAGAACUCCAAACUCGAGUCGUCCGCGAUCGAGCGCGAGCGCGACGUUAUCCUCCGGGAGCAGCAGGAGGUCGACAAGCAGCUGGAGGAGGUCGUCUUCGACCACUUGCACUCCGUCGCCUUCCAACAUCAACCCCUUGGCAGGACCAUCCUCGGCCCUAAGGCCAACAUCCUCUCCAUCAAGCGCGACGACCUCGCCAACUACAUCAAGACGAACUAUACCGCCGACCGCAUGGUCCUCGUCGGUGCCGGCGGCGUCGACCACGGCGAGCUCGUCAAGCUCGCCGAGAAGCACUUCUCCACCCUCCCCGUCUCCCCCAAACCCAUCCCGCUCGGCCGGCUCGCGCACCCGAAGACGACCUUCGUCGGCUCGGAAGUCCGCGUCGUCGACGAGGAAAUGCCGACGGCGCACAUCGCGAUCGCCGUCGAGGGCGUCGGCUGGAGCUCGCCCGACUACUUCCCGAUGCUCGUCAUGCAGUCCAUCUUCGGCAACUGGGACCGCUCGCUCGGCUCCUCCCCCUUGCUCUCCUCCAAGCUCUCGCACAUCAUCUCCACUCACGAGCUCGCGAACAGCUUCAUGUCCUUCUCGACCUCCUACUCCGACACCGGCCUCUGGGGUAUCUACCUCGUCUCCGAGAACCUCAUGAACCUCGACGACCUCGCCCACUUCACCCUCAAGGAGUGGACGCGGAUGAGCAUUGCCCCGACCGACGUCGAGGUCGAGCGCGCAAAGAGCCAGCUCAAGGCGAGCUUGCUCCUCAGCCUCGACGGCUCCACCGCCGUUGCGGAGGACAUCGGCCGGCAGCUCGUCACCAGCGGCCGCCGGUACACGCCGAAGCAGAUCGAGAACGCCGUCGACGCCGUCACGACUGCCGAGAUCCAGCGGGUAGCGCAGAAAUACCUCUGGGAUAAGGACAUCGCGAUCGCGGCGGUCGGCAGCAUCAACGGUCUGUUGGACUACAACCGGAUUCGGGCAGACAUGUCGUCUCUCAGCUACUAGACAACCCGUUUUUCCAUCGCAGGUUGUAGAACAGCUUGUUCGUCGUAGACUUUUGCAAUAAUAGCAUAUUAAGACGGA